AUUUAUUUAAUUUUCCCCCCCCCCCCCCCACCCCCCUCCCCCGUUAAAAGGAGGCUGACGGACGGACGGCCGGCCGGCGGAAGGCAGGAUGAUGUCGCUGGAUUUUCUUAACGAUGUGCGGCGCAUGAAUAAGCGGCAGUUGUACUAUCAGGUGUUGAAUUUUGGUAUGAUUGUGUCUUCUGCCCUGAUGAUCUGGAAAGGAUUGAUGGUUCUGACGGGAAGUGAAAGUCCAAUUGUAGUUGUACUCAGUGGGAGUAUGGAACCUGCUUUCCACAGAGGUGAUCUUCUCUUCCUGACCAACCGUGUAGAAGAUCCCAUCCGAGUUGGCGAAAUUGUGGUUUUCCGAAUUGAAGGACGAGAAAUUCCAAUAGUACACAGAGUGCUGAAAAUUCAUGAGAAGGAAAAUGGAGACAUCAAGUUCCUGACGAAAGGUGACAACAAUGCUGUUGAUGACCGAGGCCUGUACAAACAGGGACAACACUGGCUAGAGAAGAAAGAUGUGGUGGGACGGGCACGUGGGUUUGUACCUUACAUAGGUAUAGUGACCAUUCUGAUGAAUGACUAUCCAAAAUUUAAGUACGCAGUACUCGUUCUACUGGGACUGUUUGUCCUCGUCCAUCGGGAGUGAAGAAUGGAUGGACUUGGCCCAAGGAUAUCAGCGGAGUUUCUCCCCUCAAGCCAAAUGUUUAAAGUGAAGAAAAUGACCAGCAGUCAUACAAUUCUGCAGCUAUUCCCAUGGAUUUCUGUUGUCUGCCAGAUGUUGAUUCAGUGUUUUUUUAAUGGAGAUCAGUACUAUAGGAAUAUUUUUUAGUGACAGACUGAAAAAUACCAUCUUGAAGAUGGAGACUUUCCCAUUACUUUUGGUUUCUGAAACUAGACUUUUAACAUAAUCUGAAGUUGGUCACUCAUUUGGUUGGGAAGGAAGGAGCAAAAUUAGGUUGGGGGGGGGGUCAGGCAGGAGUUUGAAACCAGGUGGGUCAACAUCCUGUUGCAAACUUUAGCUUGGCACUAACUUUGGUUUGCUGCUGCUGUUUCAGUACAAAUGCAAAUGUGUUUUCCUAUGCGUAACGGGUUUGCUGGUAUUGAGCAGGGAGCAGAUUCCCCCCCCCCCCCCCUACACUUUACCAGCAAAUCUAAGUAACAUCCAAGUCCCUCAGACUGUUUGGAAACCUCAAAUAACUUCUAACCAAAGCAUAUACAGCAGAGUAAAUGACUGGCUGGCGAUGAAACCCAAAGACACAACAGAGACAGUGAAUGGGCAAGUGGAUCUGUCUGGUUAAUUAUGUGCCAGACCCAAACACAGAGCAAGGCAUAGAAACCUACUCUGAAGGAGAACUGAUGCUUGCCCAGAUUCUCAACCUUUAUUACAGACUAAACAUUUGAAAUGCCAAUGUGUAUAAAUUUGGACAGUAAUGUAGAUAUUAGGUUAUAUUACAUUUUAGACAGGAAUCAUCUGUUUCCAUCUCACCUAUGCUAUCCCAAUCUUUUCAUUCACCUUACUUAAAUGAAAUGAAGGAAGAAUAUGUGAGUGACCCAUUGUAUUCGUGACAGAUAUGUGGGAGUGUUACAUACAAAUCAUAUCCUAAUCCUGGGACAUUAGCGCAAUGACCUAUGUUUGUCCGUGGAAAGUUUUGGUCAAUAAAAAAUUGGUGACGACCAGGUGGUCCUGAUUGUCAAUGACCAUUAUACCCAUCCACAAUUUUCUUUUUUUUACAUGGGACUAUGUACUUAAUGCAUUUGUUUGUACUGGAAUGCUGGCACCUGGACCAGAUGAGCCUUUAUAGUUGGGAGUUGAAGAUGACAUUGGUAGGUUAUAACCAAAGUAGAUUACAGAGACCCACUUCCUCUAAACUCCGGAAGACCCUGUUGUCCAAUAAAGAUUUACUUCGAAAUCCUAAUCCUGCUUGUCUUGGUAGUGAUCAUAAACAAACAAUCCCGUCAGUACUUUUCUCAAGUUAACCAUUUUGGAUAUACUCAGCCUGUUCUAUUCUAGGUAUGUUUAAUAGUUUUCCUUAUACAUUUGGCAUUGUAUGAAGUGUCUGCUCAUCCUUUCUUCAUUUGAGACAGUACUUUCUUUCCCCCAAUCUUUCCACUAUUUGCUUUUGUUGUUUUAAAGCACGAACUAAGUCGAACUUGCCCAUUUUUUUCCUCUAAGUGGAUUUGGAAUACGUUUAAGUGAUUGGAAUUUUAAAAUCGGUAAUUUCUAAGGUUUUUUAAAAUAGUUUUACCCCAUAAGCGAUCCCCUGGGAAGCGCACACUUCCACUUUAUGGUAGUUCAUUUACAGUUAAAUAAGCAGCACACUGAAGCUCUAUUUGUGUACUGCUAUCAGGUUUUUCCAGCACACUGUUCAGGGAGCAGAGCCCCUUGUUUUCAUGAUGGGCUGGGUCCAAUCUGCCUUGUGUGAUUAUAUUGUGGAGUACUCUGGCCCCAUAACCAAAGGAAUCCCUUUCUGAAUUAUCUUGUUGGAGGGGUGGGAAUUUGGAAUGUCAAUAAAACAAUUUCUAUAA